AUGGCUCUCAUGCCCACAAAUCUAAAUCACGAGGUGUCUCUGCAGGUGAAGAUGGACUGCCAGGAACAACUGUUGACUGAGAGAAACAGUGGCUUUUUCCAAAAGCUCAAUGUGACUAAAAGCGCAAUGCAGGAUUUGCUAAAGGAAAUUAUCGAAAUGGACCACAUCUUAGCAGAUGAUGAGGACGACAUUACCUCUGAAAACCCUCAAACUGACUUUCUUCACAAGGAUAUGUUGGAGCUGGAGGCUGAGCAUGACCAGGACCUGAGGGAACAGGAUGAGCAAGGAACAGAUAUUGAUGAGGGCUCUCAAUCGUCUACAUCUCUGCAGUUUUCAAAGAAGAACAUCCUUGAGUUGUGUCUAACGGACAUGCUCCUCAAGCUAAACUGCUGGACAAAGAUAGGUCUCCAAGUGAAAGAACUUGGAGCUGAUUACAUAAAUGGAACGGAGAAAAUUGACAAUAUUGUUAAAAAAUAUAUGAAAUAGAAAACAGUGAAGAGUUUAUUAAAUGACAUGCUGACCCUAAAGCGCCAAAUUGAAAAGCUGGAGGACAAGGACCUUGAUCUUGAUCAGCAGGCAAACACUGAGGUGAAUGCUUGUAAUGAAACUUAUAAAUUAAAGAAAGUCAUGGAAAGAAUGGAGAAACUUUGCAAGAAUGUGAAACUGCUGAAUGCAAAGCUGAGGAUGUAUCAAAUGGAGGCAGAGGACACUGACUUUCACAGUUCUGAAGAAACAGAUAUGGAGGAGAUGGAGGCCCUGCUUCCUCAGGCCCCAGCAUCCUUUUUAGUGCAGAACUCUCUUCCCCCCAUUACAGUGUGGAAACAUGCACUGAGGAUUUUCAUCAUGUUUUAUGUCCUCAUCGUCACUGGACUUUUAUGUUACAUACUAUUUUUUGAUGCUACGUUUCUCUUUGAAAGGGCGCUUCCAAGAAUGCUUGGGCGCCGCACCAUGUGGGACCUGCGGGAGGUGAUAGAGCCUUUCUUGAAUUUGGAAGUGGAAGACUUGUUACCCUCCUAAAGAUACAGAAAUUACU